AUGUCGCGACACGCACAGGUAGAGGAGGUGUACGACUCCGAUCCAGAUGAGGUUUUCCCCUCCGACUCCACGCCCUCCAACUUCGCCAAUGAAUCCCUCCUCUCCGCCGCAGGUAUCUCCCCUCAGGGUUCCUCGUCGAUACCAAUGAGGCCAGCCCCUGAACCGCGUCGCGAAAUCCCGAAACACUACCAGUGCCUGUAUCCCGUGUACUUCGACAAAUCGCGAAGCCGCGCCGAGGGCCGCAAGGUCGGCGCAGAGCUGGCGGUGGAGAACCCAUUGGCUCGAGACAUCGUCGAUGCUGCGCAGAUGCUGGGAUUGCAGGUUGGAUUCGAGCCGGAAAAACUCCACCCGAAGGAUUGGGCGAACCCAGGCCGAGUGCGGGUGCUGGUGAAGGACGAGGAUGGGAAACUGGCAAACCCAAAGAUUAAGAAUAGUGUGUUUUCCUUUCCGUUCUCCUCCCUUUUGCGUGCUUUGACAUUAUUCUAUAAGCCGGGAUUUGGGGAACGUCCCGAUGCUAGCCUAGGAUAUGUUGCUAACUUGUCUUCAGAGCACCACCUUUAUAUCCUCGUGGCCCAGUACCUUAAAGCUCACCCAACAACCGAGCAAUCGCCUUACCGUCUGAGAAUCAGUGGUCUUCCCAUGCCAGACAAGCUCCCCCCUGCUCCCGCUGCUCCCCGCGGAUGGAAGAUCGGCUCAAUUCUUCCGAUCCACUCGCCUGCCUACAGUGGCGGUGGAGUCAGCGAUAACCCGCUCAAGGAUGCUAUGGCCGAGAUGCAGAACAUGCAAGGUAUGCCGGGAAUGCCUCAGAUCCCUGGAAUGCCCGGGCUGGCCGGGAUGAUGGGAGGAGAUCCGUCCGGAGGCAGUGGCGAGAAGGAGAAGAAAAAGAAGGACAAGAAGAAGGGAAAGGCCUAA